UGUGGAUUGUUGCGUAGAAAAUCUUUAAAGCUUAAUCCGGCUUACGUUAGCCUCACAACACUACCACGAGAUUUUGUUCCAGUAGUGUUUGUUGUAUAUUACACUCGCCACACCUCGUUCUUCUUUCCACCGGAGUGCGCACAUUCCUUAUCCUUCACACCAACCCUACACUAACACACCCCUCAUUUCUUCGUCUAUAAAUACACAACUAUAUUUCACCCAAAAGAAACAACUAAAAAGUAAGGAGAAGUAAAGAGAUAGAUAUAUAACACUUGCUAUGAAUAAGAUAGUAUUAACUUUUGCCAUUUGUAGAUUGAUUGUAAAAGUAGGGUUGACCAUGGAACUCACAGACGUUCUCCGGCUAGCAAUCGACGGCCAGCUCAGCCUUGACCGUGCUGAAGUGGAAAGCGCGUCGAAAGAUUUCGGUUCUAUGAAGCGAACCAAGCCGCUAGCCGUCUUGCACCCGGCCUCGGCAGAGGACGUGGCAAGGAUAGUGAGAGCGGCUUACGGGUCGAGUCGGGGGCUGACUGUGUCGGCUAGAGGGCACGGGCAUUCGAUAAACGGUCAAGCCCAGAGCAAGAACGGGGUUGUGAUUGAAAUGAGCAGAUGGGGAAGAAAGGAGCGGGAGUCGGCUCGGCCGAGGCCUCGCGUGUCGGUACAAGAGUUGUACGUAGACGUUUGGGGUGGGGAGCUGUGGAUACAGGUGUUAAGGCAUACCCUAAUGCAUGGGCUGGCGCCCAAGUCAUGGACAGAUUACUUGUAUUUGUCAGUUGGAGGAACCCUUUCCAAUGCUGGAAUUAGCGGCCAGACCUUCAAUCAUGGACCUCAAAUCAGUAACGUUCAUGAACUUGACGUCGUUACAGGCAAAGGUGAGCUGAUGACAUGUUCAGAAGAGAAAAACUCAGAGCUCUUCUACGCCGUUCUAGGUGGUCUAGGGCAAUUUGGAAUUAUAACUAGGGCAAGAAUUGCUCUCGAACCAGCUCCUCAGAGGGUGAAAUGGCUGAGAGUACUGUAUUCCGAUUUCUCGGCAUUCACCAAAGACCAAGAGUUUCUCAUCUCUUUGCAUGGACACCCUGGUCCCCAAAAAUUUGACUAUGUGGAGGGUUUUGUCAUCGUAGAUGACAGCCUUAUUAACAACUGGAGGUCAUCAUUUUGUUCACCUCUAAAUCCAAUCAAACUUUCUUCGGUUAAUCCUGAUGGAGGUGUCUUAUAUUGCUUGGAGAUAACCAAAAACUAUGAUGAAACAACUGCUGACACCGUUGAUGAGGAUAUUGAGGCAUUGUUAAAGAAACUGGAGUUUAUACCUAACUUGGUCUUCAAAACGGAUGUCCCUUAUGUGGAUUUCUUGGACCGAGUCCACACAUCCGAGUUGAAACUCAGGUCUCAGGGAUUGUGGGACGUACCCCACCCAUGGAUCAACCUUUUUGUCCCCAAGUCAAAGAUUUCUGACUUUGAUAAGGUUGUCUUCAAAAGAAUAUUGGGUAAAAAUACCAGUGGGCCCAUUCUCAUCUACCCCAUGAAUAAAGACAAAUGGAACGAAAGGAGCUCGGUGGUGACUCCAGAUGAGGACGUGUUUUACGUGGUGGGAUUGUUGAGAUCGGCAGCAGUAUCAUCAUCAGGCACCGGCGGGGAUGAGACGCAGAGCGUGGACUACUUGACUCAACAGAAUGGUCAGAUACUGAAAUACUGUGCUGAAGCCGGGAUCAUGGUCAAGAAGUACCUGCCCCACUACGAAACUCAGGAGGAGUGGAUGGACCACUAUGGAGAAAAGUGGGAGCAGUUUCAGAAACUCAAGAAGAAGUUCGACCCUCGUCGCGUCUUAGCCACGGGCCAGCGUAUAUUCAUUAACCCGCCCUUGAAGAAAAAACAGUAAUCACAAGAUCAGUACGUACUACUGCUACUGCGCGCAUGUGGGAGAUCUAGCUAAGUAAGGUUAAGCAUUGUAUUGUACAUAUACUAAUAUAUAAUUAAUAGUACUGUGUGAGAGAGAUCUAGAUAUAGCUAUUAGCUAGCUAAUUAUAUAAGGUUAGCCUAAAUAAUUUCUUAGAAUUAGGAAGGGUAUGGUAUGGUGCGUGUGCUUUUUCUUUUAUUAUGGUAGAGUCCUUGGUGAUUAGAUGUGGGCGCAGAGCUGAAGAUUGUACUUUUGCAGUGCCCAUGAUCCCGACAACCCGUCUGGUUCGCCACCGGAUGUUGUCCUCCACCUCUGAUAUUUUGUCUGGCAAUUUAGCAGGCAAAUUUUAUCGUAUUUUGUCACUUUUAAUAUUAACUACUACUAAGGAAGUGAGACUCUUAUUAUAUAUAA